AUGGGUACCAUGGACUUUAAGACAGAUCCCAGUGCAGUAACGAUGAAUUUGAUGCUUAUUGUCCACCCUGAGGAGACAGCGAGCAAGCAGAAAGGGCAGAGAGAUUGGCAGAUGGAAGGCAGCCGAAGUGCAGGUUUGCAGGAUGAUGGAAAUGGAAACAGCAGAUCACAGCCACCUCAGGGGCGAGACCUUAACGGCCAGCAAGUCUCCAGGGAACCCUGCAAGCAGACGCAAGCCAUUAUGUCUUAUUCUAACGAAGGAACCCAAGUGACAGUGGAGAUUCAUCCCAAGAAUACCACCCCACAACUCCUCAAAAAACUCUCCUUUGGAAAAGGUCCCUGGAGGCUGCCCAGCUUGAGAGGUCAGGACAACAAAGGUUUCCAGACUGAAGCCCCACAGCCGCCAGGAGGAAAAGACCUGCACGCAUAUCCAUGGGACAAAUCCUCUUUGAAAUCCAUCCCAGUAGAUCUGCAGCAAUUUGAGAAGCUGGAUGCCUACGCAUUAAAAGUAAACGUCAAGAACAGCGUAGAGGAACUUGUUAAAGCCCUGCUUAAACAAGCCCGGACUGAUCUGGAGAAAGUCCGAGCCAUAUGGAUGUGGAUAUGCCAUCACAUAGAAUACGACAUAGUGGGCUACCAUAACAAAAGCCAGCUGUCGACCAAACCCAUAGAUGUGCUUCAGACGGGGAAGAGCAUUUGUGAGGGAUACGCUGGGCUCUUUGAACAAAUGUGCAGUAUUGCAGGAAUCCAGUGCAUGAAGCUAUCGGGAUACUCUAAGGGGUACGGGUACAAGAUAGGACAGACCUUCACAGGGGACUCUGACCAUGCCUGGAACGCCGUCUACCUUGAUGGAAGGUGGCAUUUACUUGAUAGCACCUGGGGAAGUGGUACUGUUGAUGAUUCUCUCACGAAGUUCACCUUCAGGUACAAUGAGUUUUAUUUUCUGACUCAUCCAGCUUUGUUCAUUAACAGUCACUUCCCAGAUAACAGUAACUGGCAGCUUCUUAAACCAACCCUGACGCUAAAAGAUUUUGAGAACAACAUGCUGCACAAAAGUAAUUUUUACACGUUGGGCCUGCUGACCGCAUACCCAGAGACAACAGUCAUCCAAACAGUAAAUGGAACAGCCUCUGUAUCAGUGGAUUGCCGUUCUGCCACAUUAUUUACAUUUAAGCUGCAGGGAACAGAUGAACAUGGUUUAAUGACUUUGAAAAAACAUGGAAUGAAGCUGGAUAUCUACCCACAGAAGACAGGGAGCCACAAGCUGCAGAUCUUUGCCAAACCCUCCAAAGCCUCAGACGAAGUCUACAACUGCGUGUUAGAAUACGUCGUAGAGUGCAAGUCUGUGGACAAGGCCAUGCGCUUCCCAAAGGACCUGCAUCAGCCCAUUGGACCAAGCUGGUUCACGGAGCGGCAAGGGUUCCUGAGGCCGUCACACCCCGACCCCAUCAUUCACACCAACGAUGGGCGGUGUUCCGUCACGUUCACCCUGGGCAAAGACAUAAGUGUCUUAGCCUCGCUGCACUCCGAUGACAGCAGCCUGACAGAGGAUAUGAGAAGGCGGCACAUCAUGCAAAUCCAUCGUGGGAACCAAAUUGAGUUGAAGAUCCAUCUCCCCCACGCAGGGAACUUUGUUCUGAAAAUCUAUGCCAAGAAGAAGUCAGAUCCUGGCAAUUACGACUACAUCUUCAACUACCUCAUCACUUGCCUGAACACUGAAGUGAAGUGGCCAGCUUUCCCUCAGAGCUACAGCAAGUGGGCAGAAGACUAUGAAAUACUGGAGCCACUCUCCGGCUUGCUGCCGGCAAAUCGCAACAUUCAGUUUAAACUCAAAAUGCAUGGGAUAGCAAAGGUGCUAGUUCAAGCUGAGAACACUUACCCUCUCACCCAGAGCAGAGGCUACUGGGAGGGAACCUGCAACACUUCGGGAUGCAGAGAGGUGUUUGUGAUGGUGCACGAGAAUGCUAACCACAGCUUUUACUCGCACGUCCUGAAAUAUGAAGUUGAGACCCAGUAA